AUGUCUUUUGCAAUGCCUGUGGGGAUUAUUUUAGUGGCAUUUUUGUAUAUGGCUGUUAAUUUGGCUUUUUUUGUUGUUAUUCCAAUUGAAGAAAUUAAAGAUUCUGCUGCUAUUGCUACUAUAUUUGCCAAACAUUCAAUGGGUAUUAUCGAACCUUUAAUUCCAAUUUUGGUUUGUGUAAUGCUUAUUGGCUCUUUAAAUUCAACACUUUUUGUUGCCAGUCGUUAUAUGUUGGCAGCUGCAAGUAAAAGACAAUUACCAACAUUUUUAUUUUGUAUUAAUUAUUUACAUGAUUCCCCCAGAGUUGCUUUACUUUUUCAAGUUAUUUUGGCUAUUUGUUUUUCUUUUUUAAACAGUCUCGACAAAUUAAUUUCCUAUGUUUCUUUUGUUGUUUGGGCUCAACGUCUUUUUACAAUCUGUGCUUUAAUUAAAAUUAAAUUAUUUAAUCCAAAAGGGUUACCCCCAAUUAAUUCUGAAGCAAUUAAAAAUUCUUUGUUAUUUCCUUUUAUUUUUUUAAUUAUUGCUUUAUUUUUGGUUGGAAAUACAAUUUUUAAAGAUUUUAGUACUUCGGCUAUUGGACUUUGUAUACUUGGAUUUGCUUUAAUUUUAUAUUUUUUAUUUUUAUGGGAAAGAUCGCCUAUAUUAAAAUCUAAAAAAUAUUUGAGAAUAUCUAAUAAAAUAAAUGGUAGGGAAUUUAUUUUUGAGGGAAAUUAA